AUGUUUCCCUUGGUCAAAAAUGCACUAAGUAGUCUCCCAACUCAAAGUAUUCAGCAAACAACAAGGCAGAUUCACCAGAAACGCACACCUGAUUUCCAUGACAAAUAUGGUAAUGCUGCUUUAGCUAGUGGAGUCACUUUCUGUGUUGCUACAUGGACAUACACAGCAACACAAAUUGGAAUAGAAUGGAACCUGUCCCCUGUUGGCAGAGUCACCCCAAAGGCAUGGCGAGCUCAGUAA